AUGGAUGAGUAUAAGAAUGCGGUUCGCAAGCUCCGGAGUGAGAAGCAGAGGCUUAAGCGAGCCUUUAAACAGCAGAUCAGGGACGACUGGACCGAUAAACAAGCCGUAGUCGACAUUGAGGCCCAGCUCAACGGCCUUGGCUUGGUUGAGGACUCGACGGUCGAGGCUUCCAACUGUCCAAUGCGCCCCGCUCAGAAGCGGUUGGUGGAUGCCCUCACGGCCCCGGUCGAAGCUUCAAUCGAAGGUCAAUACCGGCGAAGAGAUGCUGCGAUCAACGCGAUUGUGGCCUACUGCGCUGUAGUAGAAGGACCAGCUACUUGCCGCACUAACAGUUCUACCGCUAAUAUUGCACAGCAGUCCGUCACAGGCGACCGUCCUAGCCGUUUAGAUGUGGCCGCCAUGUCUGUCUUCAUAACGAAAGACGAAGACAGGCCAAGAAGAUGCUUCCUUUGCGUUGGUGAAGCGCUCUGUCUGGAGCCAGAUGAUCCCCGUAUCGAUAAACUCAUUCACCUGUUCUACACGUCCGGUGACUUGACGAAACACUUCAGGCGACGGCACCUGGCAAACCUCCAGGAGGAUGACAGGCUCCAAUGCCGAGUUUGCGUGAUGCCGCUGGACCACAAAAUGCAUCUCCAAAACCAUGCCCGUCGGAUCCACGGCACUGUGUCCUAA